AUGACAGUUGAAAGUAGCUUCUCGAUAGAGAAUAGUAAAUACGACGAUGAUGGUCGCAUAAAAAGAACAGGAACAUGCAUGACCGCAAGUGCACACAUUGUUACUGCUGUAAUUGGAUCUGGAGUGCUAUCAUUGGCAUGGGCUGUUGCACAAUUGGGAUGGAUUGCAGGGUCUGCCGUUCUCAUGCUCUUCUCCAUCAUCACUUAUUUCACUGCUUGUCUACUUAGUGAUUGCUAUAGGUAUCCUGAUCCGGUCCACGGAACCAGAAACCACACCUACAUAGACGCUGUUAAAAGUAUUUUAGGAGGAUAUCAGCACAAGUUGUGUGGAUUGGCACAAUACACAAAUCUUGUGGGUUGUACCAUUGGUUACACUCUAACAGCUGCCAUUAGUAUAGUGGCCAUAAAAAAAUCCAACUGCUUUCAUAAGUAUGGUCAUGAAGCAGAUUGUGAUUCAGCCAAUUAUCCAUAUAUGGCCAUCUUUGGGAUCUUUCAGAUUUUUCUAAGCCAAAUUCCAGAUUUCCAUGAACUUUCAUGGCUCUCUAUUGUUGCUGCUGUAAUGUCUUUUGGUUAUGCUUCUAUCGGCAUCAGUCUCUCCAUAGCAAAAAUUGCAGAAAAAGGACACCAUUGGGAGACAAGUCUUACAGGACUAGUUGUUGGAGUGGAUAUCACAAGUUCAAAAAAGGUGUGGAAUACCUUUCAAGCACUUGGAAACAUAGCUUUUGCAUAUGCUUUCAGUAUUGUUAUUGUUGAGAUACAGGACACGCUAAAAUCAAGUCCGCCAGAACAUAAAACCAUGAGGAAAGCAUCUCUAAUUGGAAUUUCGAUCACCACAUUCUUUUAUGCAUUAUGUGGUAUUUUAGGGUAUGCAGCAUUUGGGAAUGAUGCACCGGGAAAUUUUUUAACCGGAUUUGGAUUUUAUGAACCGUUUUGGCUGGUCGACAUUGGUAAUUUGUUCAUCGUUAUUCAUCUAGUCGGAGCCUACCAGGUAUUUGCACAACCUAUAUUUUCCCUUAUGGAAAAUUGGGGCUGUGAGAAGUGGCCACAAAGCAAAUUGAUGACAAAAGAAUAUAAUAUAAGAAUUCCAUUGGUUGGUAUGUGGAGAAUGAAUAUGUUCAGGUUGAUAUGGAGGACACUUUAUGUGAUAAUCACAACAUUGAUUGCUAUCUUACUUCCGUUCUUCAACAGCAUUGUGGGUUUGAUAGGAGCUUUAUCCUUCUUUCCCUUGACAGUGUACUUUCCAACAGAGAUGUACCUAACACGAACUAAAACGCCCAAGUAUUCUUCUAUAUGGAUAGGGAUGAAACUUCUAAGUGUGUUUUGCUUGAUUGUGAGUCUUGUUGCUGCAGUUGGAUCAAUUCAAGGAAUCAUCUCAGAACUUACGAUCUACAAGCCCUUCGGUUAG